AUGAGGCUCUCAUCCCUUUCGUUCAUUGAGGGCCUGGCCCUACUGCAAUCCACGGUUCUAGCCAUUGAGCCUGCGCGACAGCCUUACCAACCUACUGGCAACGGUGACAAGAUUCUGAAAUGGAAUGAGACAUUCGUGAGCAAUCAAUUCCGCGCCAGUCGUAUUUCUGUCAGCUGGCUCUCUGGCGGCGAGGAUGGUCAAUAUAUCUACCAAGCCGAUGAUGGGGCGUUGAUACUCGAGGACUUCAUCACGGGGGAAUCUUCCACAUUUGUCUCGGCCGAUGUGAUCCCCAGCGGAGUUUGGGAGUACUGGAUUCACCCGGAUUUGUCCAGGGUGCUCUUUGCUACCAAUUACACCAAGCAGUACCGCCACUCCUAUUUUUCAGAUUAUUCAGUCCUCGACAUCACUUCGGGAGAGGUCACCCCACUAGUAGAAGACCAGGUCGGUGACAUUCAAUACGCCGAAUUCGCUCCUGUUGGCGAGGCAAUCGCAUUCGUCCGCGGCAACAAUCUGUUCUUAAAAUUGAACGGCAGUAUUGCUCAGAUUACGGAUGACGGUUCUCCGGACAUGUUUAACGGUGUCCCUGACUGGGUAUACGAGGAGGAAAUCUUCGGUAGCCGCUCGGCGCUCUGGUGGUCUCCAGACGGCCAGAAGCUCGCGUACCUUGGGUUCAACGAGACUGGUGUCGAAACCUUCACUGUCCCCUAUUUCAUGGACAACAUGAAGAUCGCCCCUGUUUACCCCAACAAUCUUGACCUGCGCUAUCCCAAAGUAGGCACCAAGAAUCCAACUGUCAGCUUAACAUUACUCUCAGUUGAGGGUAACGAGAAGCAAGUCAUUCCUUUGGAGGCAUUUGAGGAAGAUGACUUAAUCAUUGGAGAACUCGCAUGGGUUACCGAUAACCAUGAUACCUUCAUCUAUACCGCCUUUAACCGCGUACAAGAUCUGUCGAAACACGUACGUGUAGACGUUGGCGAUGAUAUCACAACACAGAUAGUGCGAGAGCGCGAUGGCACAGACGGCUGGCUUGAUAACAAUAUCGCGAUACAGUAUGUUGGGUCUAUCAAUGGAUCUAGCACCACCUACUACGUUGAUCUUUCCGAUGAGUCCGGAUGGCAGCACAUCUAUCUGCAUGCUGCCGAUGGCUCAAGUUCAAAAGCGCUCACAAGCGGAGACUGGGAAGUUGUCAGCAUUCUAAAGGUUGAUACAUCACUUGAAUUGGUGUACUAUACCUCGACAGAGCAUGAUAGCACUGAACGACAUGUUUAUAGCGUCUCUUAUUCCAGCGGGAAGAAGACUGCCCUUGUUGACGACACAGUAGCGGCUUCCUGGAGCGCCUCUUUCUCUUCUGGCGGUGGUUACUAUAUCCUCAGCUACCUCGGCCCCGAUGUACCCUAUCAGGAGCUGUACCUUGUUAACGAUACCAAAACCCCGUUGCGCACUGUUACGUCAAAUGAAGCACUCUGGAACAAACUCCAGGACUACAACUUACCGAACAGCACAUAUUUCAAACUAGAGCAUCCCGACGGUUACACGCUGGAUGUCAAGCAAGUCCUCCCGCCUAAGUUUGAUCCCACUAAGAAGUACCCUGUCCUCUUCACACCCUACGGUGGGCCAGGUGCCCAGGAGGUCGACAAGCAAUACGCUGCACCUAACUGGAAUGCUUACAUAUCCUCCGACCCGGAGCUCGAGUAUAUCACAUACACCGUAGACAACCGAGGCUCAGGGUACAAUGGCCGAGCCUAUCGGUCCUUGGUAGCAUCUCACCUCGGCGAGUACGAAGCUGAGGAUCAGAUCUGGGCCGCGCAAGAAUUAUCCUCGCGCCACAGCUUCAUCGACACGAACCACAUCGCCAUCUUCGGCUGGUCGUACGGCGGGUAUCUCUCCUCGAAGGUCGUAGAGGCUAACUCGGGGGUGUUCACCAUGGCGCUUAUCGUCGCCCCCGUGAGCGAUUGGCGCUUCUACGACAGCAUGUACACGGAGCGGUACAUGAAGACCUCCCAGAUGAACCCCGACGGCUACGCGAAGACGGCGGUGCGCAAGACCGAGGGCUUCAAGAACAUCGCCGGCGGCUUUACGAUCAUGCACGGCCUCGGCGACGACAACGUGCAUUAUCAGAAUACUGCCGCGCUCGUCGAUUUGCUUGUCGGCGAGGGCGUGCCGCCUUCGAAGAUGCAGUGGCGCGCGUAUACGGAUUCCGAUCACUCGAUUAAUUAUAACGGCGCGUAUACGUACUUGUACAAGGAGAUGACGCAGCGCCUGUUCCAGGAGAAGCGUCGGGGUAAUGAGACGCUUGCUCAUCAGUGGACGAAGAAGGGAUUACCUAGAUUAUUUUGAGCUACGGGUAUUAAGAUGUUACCAAUCAUAGAUUUUGGGUAGUAUUUAAUCAAAUAAAA